GUUGCAAUGUAUGCAGAUUAUCUGAAAACAAGCAAUAAUCUUUUCUCCCAAGUUUUCAAGGAAAAGCUCCUAAGAGAAAAGUGAAAUCCAGUUUGUGCUGAUACACUCAACCACAGGGUGUGUGUAUGUUCGUGUGUUUACAGAUCUUCAGCCUUCGUAGAACUUCGGCUCCGACUCUCAGGGUUCCAGAGGGACGGAAGACUGAGUAUUUACACUCUCUGAUCCAUGGAAGACAAGACGAAAACAUCUACUUGCAUCUACCACUUCCUUGUUUUGAAUUGGUAUAUUUUCCUCAGUUAUUACAUCCCAAAUAUUGGAAAAGAUGAGAAACUUUUAAAAGACUUUCAUGAUGGUGGACAUUCAAAGUACUUGACUCUCCUUAACCUGCUCUUGCAGGCUGUUUUCUUUGGGGUCGCCUGCCUGGAUGAUGUGCUGAAAAGAAUCAUGGGCAGGAAAGGCAUUAAGUUCAUAACUUCCUUCAGAGAUCUUCUUUUCACCACAAUGGCUUUUCCCAUCUCCGUGUUUGUAUUUUUAGUAUUCUGGGCCCUCUUUCACUAUGAUCGAGAACGUGUUUACCCCAAGGCUCUAGAUGCUUUCUUUCCAGCAUGGGUGAAUCACGCAAUGCACACUUCCAUAUUUCCCUUAUCACUGGUUGAAGCCAUCCUCAGACCAUAUCACUAUCCAUCGAAGAAGCUAGGACUCACAUUGUUGACUGUUUUUAAUCUUGCCUAUAUUACCAGGAUUCUGUGGAUCUACUCUCAGACAGGAAACUGGGUGUACCCUGUCUUUGCCUCACUCAGGCCACUGGGUAUUUUCAUCUUUUUCCUUGUUACCUACAUCCUGAGUGUGAGCAUCUACCUGCUCGGAGAGAGACUCAACCGCUGGAAAUGGGGUGCCACGAUGAAGCCAUGGAUGAAGGUGAAGUGACUACAUGCCAUGUUCCAAGAGCCAUAGAAGAAGAAACAUAAGAACUGUCCAUUUCUACUAUUGCCAUUGUUAUUAUUUGCACUGCGAGUGGUACAGAACAACAUAAGUCAAAAGGACAGAGAAUGAUGUAUUGAUUUAAUAAAGGAUUAUGAACGUAG